AACUCUCUCUCUCUCUCUCUCUCAAAUUCGUGUGUUUUUUUUUUUUGCCGAUCAAAGCAGCGAAAAAGCAUUGAAAAAUGUCAUCCAAGGACAAGAAACCGUCGAAGCCGUCUGGUGGUCGGACCGGUCAUAUUCGUACCCUUUCCGAUCUGAAUCGAAGGUCAGGGCCGGACUCCGACAGUGAUUCCGAUGGACCUCAGGAGUAUUUCACCGGCGGAGAGAAAAGUGGUAUGCUUGUUCAGGAUCCUACAAAAGAACCAAAACACGAUGAUGUUGAUGAGAUAUUUAAUCAAGCAAGGCAGCUAGGAGCUGUGGAAGGACCUCUUGAGCGUCCUUCAAGCUCCAGAAGCUUCACCGGAACCGGGAGAUUGCUUUCAGGAGAAAGCGUGCCUAGUGCUCUUCAGCAGCCUGAGCCUGUGAUUCACAAUAUCGUUUUCUGGUCUAACGGAUUCACCGUAGAUGAUGGACCUUUGAGGAAGUUGGACGAUCCAGAGAACGCGUCUUUUCUCGAUAGCAUUCGAAAGUCUGAGUGCCCGAAGGAGCUUGAGCCUGCAGAUAAAAGAGCUCCGGUUCAUGUCAAUCUAAUGAGAAGAGACGAGAAAUGCCCUGAACGAGAGAAACUUACGGUUGCAUUUCAAGGAGUGGGAAGGACUCUAGGUGGUGCCAGCUCAUCAACGGCUCCAAGCCUAAGCAACUUAACCGAUGUACCAGCGGUUCCAUCACCGUCACAGUCACCGAGCCUUGUCGUUGAUGAAUCUCUUCCAUCAACAUCGAUCCAGCUUAGACUCGCGGAUGGGACACGCAUGGUGGCUAAGUUCAAUAACCAUCACACGGUCAACGACAUUCGUGCUUUCAUCGACUUUUCUCGACCAGGGAAUCCGAUCAACUACAUCCUUCAGGUCAUGGGUUUCCCACCAAAGCCGCUUACUGACCCUUUUCAGACCAUUGAUCAAGCUGGUCUCGCAAACUCUGUAGUCAUUCAGAAAUUCUAGAAACUUUUCGUUUCUCUGAUUCUUCUUUUCAUAUGCAUUAGAGAGAGAGAGAUUUCGAGAACUUGGGAUUAUUGUCAAGAUAUCCAGAAAAAUGUUCUUCUGAUUUGUAAGAAAAAAGAGCACAAUCGGCUUAAGAGAGCAAAAACAUCAUAUGGAAUUUCAAUGUUUUUCGUUUGAA